AUGGUACUCAACGAUGAUAAGAUGUUGGAGAAGGAGAGGAGAAGAGAAGGAGAAGGAGAGGAGAAGGAGAGGAAUGAGAAGAGAAGGAGAAAGAGAAGGAGAAGGAGAAGGAGAAGGAGAGAGAAGGAGAAGGAGAGGAGAAGGAGAAGGAGAAGGAGAAGAGAAGGAGAAGGAGAAGAGAAAGGAGAAGAGAAGGAGAAGAGAAGGAGAAUGGAGAAGGAGAAGGAAAGAGAAGGAGAAAAGGAGAAGGAGAAGGAGAAGGAGAAAGAGAAGGAGAAGGAGAAGGAGAAAGAAGAAGGAGAGGAAAGGAGAAGGAGAAGGAAGGAGAAAGAGAAGGAAAGGAGGAAAGAGAAGGACAAGGGACAAGGACCAGGAGAAAGACAAGGAGAAGGACAAAAACAAAGACAAGGAAGACAAGGACAAGACAGAGACAAGGCAAGGCCAAGGAGACAAGGACAAGGAGACAAGGACAAGGAGACAAGGACAAGGAGACAAGGCAAAGGAGACAAGGACAGGAGACAAGGAAAGGACAACGACAAGGAGACAAGGACAGAGGAACAAGGAAAAGGAGACAAAGGACAAGAGGACAAGACAAGGAACAAGGAGAUAAGAACAAGAGACCAAGGAGACAAGGAGAACAAGGAGACAAUGAACAAUGAGACAAGAGACAAGGACAAGGAACAAAGACUAUGA